CGGAGAAAGUAUCUCACGGGCCCCAAGGGGAUCCAAUCGCCCUGGAUGUUCUCCGCGAAAAAUGGUUAUGGGCACCUCGUUGUGAACUCACGCCAAUUUCUGCACAGAGAUGCCCUAUGAUUCUCUGUUUCCUUUUAUCGACACCUGUUACUUCACCCUCUUUCUCUUGAAACAUGGUGGAGGUCCUCGGCACACUCCAUGCUCGUCCGCCAACUCCACCGAGGACAGUAUCUCAUGUCUUGACUCCUCACAGUGAGAGAGAUCGGGUGCAAGGACAGCAGGCUCUCCUUGAAACCCCCGGUGAUUCCCCCGCUUCAGCAAAUGGAUCAACAUUGCGUUCCUCGAGUAGACACUCCAAAAGAGUGAAUUUCUCUCCGUGGACGAACUACAUCAAACCUCCGAGCUUCGACUCUUCAACCUCGAAAUCUGCGGCGGAACUCAAGGCCUUACGACCUUCAAAUGAACUCAAGCCAUCGAAAUCGAUCCUCAAGAUGACCAAUGCCAAUGUUCCCGUUGACCCCUCAAAUACCACACCUCAGACGGCGGAAUCUCUCGCGAUGUUGGUGGAAUCUGUUACCCAGCAGCUAGCUGGCGAGUCUCUUAGUUCAAGGUUAGAUGCAUACACGCAUCUUUUGGGAGCGUUAAAGGCAUAUGAAGGGGUUCCAGGAGAACAAGAAUUGGCCGGCAAGCUGGGUCUCAUUACGCAGUUUAUACAGCGGGAUAUUUGCAGAGACCUUGGGGAGGCUGGACCGUUGGACAUCAAUCUCACCAUUCAUGCUCUCAAGCUGUGCAUCACUCUCAUAUGGAACCCAAGCCUAAUGGCCCAGCUAUCGGACGACUUUAAAACUUUUAUUGUCGACCAUUCAGUCACCUGUCUACAAGAGGCCAAGCUGCCGAAAUCGGUCUUGACUCAUUAUAUGCUUGUGCUUUCAACGCAACAUUUCCAUCCGAAGGUGAUGACCAAUGCUAGGUUAAACCGAAUUCUCCUCGUUCUCCAGGAUGUCACAGAGCGUGUCAAGGGAAAUGCGGUCGUCUCUCAGAGAUUGAGUAUUUAUCAACGCCUGCUCAACCAAUCAAAGUCAGCUAUGGCAUCUCACUCAGCAUUGUGGGUUGAACAUCUGGUCUCAGGGUUGCUUCAUCAUAUCAAAGAUACCAGGUCAAAGGCCAUUUCGUUAGGGUUGCAGACAUCUGUUUCAUUAGGGCCCAACUCUACUAUAUCAAACACUCUUAGCGACAUUUUCGAUCGACCGCUCGAGAAAGGCGGAAGACUAGUAUCAGAAAUAUGUGAACGAAUGUCACGAAUGAUGUCUACGCUCGAUAGUGGUGUACAUGUACCACAAGUCUGGAGCAUUAUCAUCCUGCUUUUGCGAAGCAAGAGAUUCAGUGUUGAUCAAUGGGAGCACUUCAAGGAGUGGGUACUAGUCCUGCAGAAGUGCUUUAACUGCAGUGAGCCGGCCAUAAAAGCACAGGCCAUUCUGGCAUGGAAUAGAUUCGUCUAUGUGAUCAAUCCGGACGAGUCCACGAGUUUGUCCCUUAUAAGAAUGCUCAGCAAACCCAUCUUAUCUCAAUUCGAGCGACGGAAACACGAUAAACUGGGAUCCCAGGCCGGUCAACUAGCGUUGUCAAGUUACUACAACCUGCUUUAUUAUGCUUUUAGACCCUCAGUGUCCUUCCGCCAUCUGGACGUUGUCUGGGAGGAAUACAUUGUGCAGCCUCUGAAUAACAUCUUCUCCACGAAUCCGCGUCUGUCUGACAGACUAUGCCAGGUUUUAUCCUCCUUACUGUGGAGCCCGCAGGCAAAAGUCUGGUCUGAAGACAAGGUGAACCAAGUCGCAAAGCUUGAUCCAGAAGAGCUGCCUUCAUUAGAUUCCAAGUGGGUUCGAUCUCGAGUCUCUUCGGUUCUGAAGGUAUUCGAAAUACUUUUCAGAGUGGCUAUCUGGAAAGAUGGUAGUCUUUCUAAUAUCGGAGCUGCUUGGAUGAAUCUAUCCAAGGCCUUGUCUAACGCUUCAAGCAAGGAGGUGAAGACUUCUGCGGAGACAAUGCAAGCUGUUGCGAAUAUUCUCAGCCUAUUCCAACUUGUCUGGCAAGCUGGCCCUCGUUCUCUCAAUGCCAACGACAGUCGCAACGCAGACGCCUUUUUCGGUCGAUUCCGGUCCCUGUCUACCACGAUCAUAUUGUCCAUCGGCACCAUCCCAUUUACCGAGAAACUACUGCUGAAGACUCCGCAGGAAACUUACCAGACUGCUAGUACGCCUAUGCACCGUCGGCCACGCAAUGACACCAGCAUUGACACGCCUAUCCUACACUUCCUCCGACUGAUCGGCUCUCCCGCUCCUGGUUUAGAACCCAGUGCCUCGUACCUUCGUCUGAUCGAGAGCACCCUUGAGGCAUCCUUGGAUGGAAGAAUUUCAAGGGCAUCUCGUCUGGAUCUCCUUCGACAAUGUACAGCUCUGUACCCUUCUGCGUCGGAUUCUCAACCCACCAUCCCCCAUACUGCACGGUUCAUCUGGGAGACUAUUGCCAAACUUACUGAAACUUCCCUUACCGCUUUUCCAGAUGGAUCCGCUAGAGACAGGGAUGGUUCUGUAUCUCACGAUCGUGAUAAUGUAAUUGAGAUACUCAUCUCUGGGCUGCAAUUCCCCGACAGUAUUUCAGCCUGGGGUCAACUCCUCGAUGCCUUUGUUCGUGUCCUAGGAACAGAAUUGGGAGAUCGUGCCAUUCCCCCCAUUAUUAUUGAUCCACUGGCGGAAAAGAUGCAGCAUCUGCAGGCUAGCCAGGUUUAUUCCGCAUCUGGCAGACUUCUGGAUCAUACAUUGUCGUUAUAUUGUCAGUCCCCCGAUGCGUUUCCUGCAGUGCCAACUGAGAUUGGGAACAGUCCGGCCUUGCAGAACUCUACGAGUCGAGCUAUCGCCCCUGAUAAGCUUGUUCAACUAGUUGACAAGCUUGUCCGGGCAUCUUACAUAACAACUGAGCAGGAAGAGAUUGCGCAUAUCGCACGGUUCAUGGAGUCGUUAAUUACGUUCCUCGAAAGCGGCAUCCUGACUUGCCGCUCCGCUGCUUUGGAGGCUCUCCAGGAACCAUUGGCAUUGUGGAUAAAGGAUGAACAGGAGCGAUUCAGUAGUGACCGCUUCCUGGCCAGCAGCCUCGCAGCAGCUUACCGUACACUCUCUUCCACCGUUCCAAACAUUCUGCGAACAUGUGUGACCCACGACACAUAUGCCUUGCGCAAAUUCAGUACCAUCAUCUCUUCUGGGCUUGAUUCAUCGCAUAAGUCCACAAAGAACAGGUUUAUACAAUUAUGGAACGCUACUUUCGGCCUACAAGAGUCCCUGGAAUAUCCAGAUUCCGUGCUAAGUGCGUUGAGAAAAUUAGAGUCUCAGAUCGACUUGCAUCUUCCCUGCCUACCCACAUCUGUCGACCACGAGAUCGCUCCACACCCGGUUGUGUCAAAAGAUGAUGCUGCCACCACAGAUCCCCUUCCGAAGAUGGACGGGAUGGAUGGAAGCAAGUCAUUAGAGAAUUCGUUGAAGAACAACGACCGAAGAACCUGUUUUAGUUCUUCUCCGAUUGUCAUCAUAGACGGUCCUCCUGAGUUACCGAACGAUGCUGACAACCUUACCCCGAAGAAAGGGACAGAAGACGAUGACUCUCGAGCGCAGUUCAUUCCUGUCGAUUCAUCGCCUGCUCAGCCAACAGAACCCCAAUCACAAUCUCUUACUGAUGACCAGCGAGAGCUCGCCCAAAACAAUUUGCAUGACCCUGACUUACCGGAAGGUUUCAGAUACGCUCGUAUCAAUGAAGUCAGCAAAUUUGGUCUUGAUACUCCUACACAUCUUCGGCACUUAAGUGAUGCAGAACUGGUGGCCAGAAUACAAUUAACCCCGCCACUUCCAGCUGUUGCUGAAAGUGAUGAUGUUUUCCCAGGGUCAUCUCCUACACCCGGGUCCAAGAGUCAAUCGCAGUUCGAUAGGGUUAAUAACCGUUCUGCAGCAUUCCAAAAUCUUGAUGCCUACUCGGAUCCCCCAUCUUCUCCUCCGGAAAUGGACUCCUCAAGGGAGAGCCCAAAGGGGCUGGGCCUUUCAACAGAAAUUUGCCCUCAUGAUAUUACCACCGAUACGCCCGGGGAGCUGAUCGAGGACGUAAAUCAAGCUGUUGCGGUGCCAGAGAAUGCAGAUAAUGCUGCUGGAGCCUCAGAACAGCAACCAUUGAGUGUUCCUAAUGCCGCCCAAGCCAAUAUGCAAGGCACUGAAUUAUCGGACGAGAAGACGGUGUCUCAUGAACAAACUUCGUCUUUCACCCCCACUCGUCCUAGCAAGAGAAAGUCCCGAUCAAAACGGAACAGAUCCAAGUCAGGGACACCGAAGGACCGUUCGCUAGAACGUCAGAAGCUGACACAGAGAAACGACUCAGUUACGGGCACACCUACAGAAUUCAUUCCAGACUCUUUCAGUGAUGAUUUGGAAUUUCAGGUUGCCUCCCAGCUUGAACAAGACCUAGAACUUGCUGUGGAUCUAGACGACGUGGGCAAGGAACAACAAGCCGAGGGUAUCUCCGAGAGCUUUCCAGUCACGAGGAAGAGGAAGAGAGAAAUGGCUGAGUCCGUCACCCCGUCUGACAGAUCGAAGCGUCGAUCUUCCAUCAGUUCCUCCAUGGUCACAAGAGCGGCUGCACAAGUCGAAUCUCUGACGCCGCAAACUUCCAAAAAGCGAAAAUCUACGUCUCACAGCCAAACGCAAGAGACACCCAGCAAAGAAAAACGCCCAUCCUCAUCCAAGAAACGUAAGGGCGAGUCGAGGGAUACUAAAGCCGCGACCACCUCCGACGAGGCUGGGGAAGUCAGACCCGACGCACCGGUCCAGUCCUCGCCCAUUUGCCCGAGUUCUUCCAAUAAAUCACCCAAAAAGAAGAGAAAAUCGAGGCGUCUCAGUGGAAUUGCAGCAUCACCUCUUCUGGCUGGCGGGGAGACACCGAAGAAGAAAUCCUCUAAACAUUCACGUGCUCAUGCGACAGAAGUUUCAGAUCACCAGACAUCGUCAGGCGCGGCCGAACGGUCGCAGCUUGAGAGCGUGCCUGAAAUAACGCAUGUCCCUCAAGAAAAGGGUGCUAAGGCGAUUCGAAAUUCUUUAGAACAGGAAGUGCUGGUGGAAGAUGAGGAGCCUGAGGAUUCUCGAACGGAUGACCUUGACAGAACUGGGGAAGCCAAGGUGCAUAAUGAAGAGAACAGUGAUGUUCAACCAUGCGGGCAGGUAGAAGAGGUGGAAGCCGACACAGCGCAGCCGGGGUUGCCCAUGGCGGUAGAUGCGCAGUAUGUCUGUGGUGAAGCCCAGACCGACACCCCAGCCUACCAAGACGAGACGAGUGCGGAUGGUAUUCUGAACUCCCUUCGGCGCAUCUUGGGAAAUAUCAAAUCAACCACAUUCAGCCGAGAGGCUCUUAGAGAGAUGGAUGAUGUCAUGUUUGAUAUCCGGGUGGAAACGCACGAGGCAGCAAGGAGGCACGUUGGAUAAGGAACAAGGUUAUUUUCUGCAUAGCGAUGGCGCAAUGGGAAAAGGGCAUGUAUUAUGUGACUGGUAGCGCAUAUCAAAUGCGUCAGCGAGCAUAGCCGUAUCCUUUAUGUAGUUUUUUUUGGUUGUGGAUCUGAUUCCCUGCAUGUUUUAUGUGGAUAAUAGCGCACUAUUUGACCAGGAUAGAAACGACCAUUAUUGUUCGUUAUACGGCAGUAGUGGGUAGAAUAUCAGCCGGUUCCGCUACUGAGCAUGGGCGUGUAUAUCAGACAAAGAU